CGCUCAGGGUCAAUCAGUCCACAGUCACACUUGUUGUUGGUGCCGUCUCGUCUCCUGUGAUCCGUAUGACUAAACACAGCAGAGCAGUGGUGUUAGAGUGUGAGUCUAAAGGCUGGUAUCCAGAGCCUGAGGUGUUGUGGCUGGACGGUGAGGGAAACCUCCUCUCUGCUGGACCUACAGAGACAGUCAGAGGUCCUGAUGACCUCUAUACUGUCAGCAGCAGAGUGACUGUGGAGAAGAGACACAGCAACAGCUUCACCUGUAGAGUCCAACAGAACAAAACCAACCAGGCCAGAGAAGCACACAUCAACACUGCAGUCCUGUCCUGGGUGGAGAUCAGUAUCCUGGCUCUGGGCCUGAUCGCCAUGUUACUGGCUCUUGCACUCCAAACAUAUUUAUGUAUACUAAGGAAAGAACACCUCCAAAGAGGAGACUCUCAGAAGACUGAGAUGAUGCAGCUACAGCAGGAAGCAGCUCCAACCUGACAGGAGCUGCAGAUGGCACUGUCUCAGUCUGAUCAUGGUGGUAAAGGACGGCAGAGAGCUGAGUGUGGCAGGUGGAGGUGAGGGCAGUUUGGUAGAAACAGCGCUGCCUGCAGGUGGAACCCAGGUGGUGCUGUUGGUUCAGGCCGGUGGGAUGAGGCAGGUGCAGGAUCAGCAGGUCUGAGGCUGUUUUCUCCGCGUGGUGUUGGGUUUGGAUGUGUGUGUUACUCAGAGACAAACAGACCGAUGCAGCAGGUGUUUUACAGUUUCAUGUUUUGAUGUUUGUUGUACGAAGUGUUUUCUCUGCACAGCAGCAGACCUGCACCUGUUAGCUGUAGGUUUAUUCCACAGGUGUGGGGCCUGUUCAUGUUUGAGUUGUUUGUUUGUCACUGACUUCAUAUCAAAGCUCAGUCAGGUCAGGGUUAAAGUGUCAUUUAAUUAUUUUUUAAAAUCUGUGGGAUAGUUAAAGUUUAUUUGUUCAGAUCAACCAAUCAUAGCCCUAGCUGGUGGUGGCCUCCAAUCUCCCAUCUCAGUGAUGGGAGAUUGGAGGUGACACUUCCUGUGUGCAAAAUAGUUUCAAGUGACUUUUGUGUUCAUACAUAUAUAUAACCUGGUAAAGGUCAAGUUUCACUCAUCAAAACUUUAUUACUGUUAGUGAAAUGGUUGAUAAUUAACAGUAAUAAGAUGAUGAUUGUACAUAUGCUGUGGAUAAAAAUAAAGACUGAGCUUGUGAGCUGUCGGUGAAACGUCGUGCGUACUUCCUCAUUUUACACCAUUUGGGUCUCUAACACUCAGCUCAUCACAUCGUUUCUCAGAGGAUGAAGUUUCCUUUCUUCAAUCUGCAGAUUUUCAGAAAUCAGGAUUCUUCAUUCAGUGAUGGAGUCCAGUGAUAGAGUGUCUGUCAGUGCCGUCACUGCUCUGUUUCUCCAUCACAUGUUCAUUCAUCUCAUGCUUUCUUAUGAAGCUCACUUUGCAGAACAGCCACAGUUGAUUUGUUCACAUCAACCAAACAUAGCCCAGCCUGGUGAUGAUGUCAUUCUCUCAUGUCGCCUUGAUCCUCCCAUCAGUGCCAGUUCUGAGACAGUGGAGUGGACCAGACCUGGCCUGAACCCAGAGUAUGUCCAUGUUCACCAAGAUGGACGACUGUUGCAUCAGAUUCAAAAUCCAUCUUACUCUCGUCGAACGAGACUGUUUGUGGAUGAACUGAAACAUGGAAACGUCUCCAUGAAAAUCUUCAAAGUGAAACUGUCUGAUGAAGGAACAUACAGAUGUUUAAUUCCCUCAGUACAGAAAGAAGCUUCUGUCCAGCUCCUUGUUGGUUCAGUCUCUGUAACUGUCAUAGAGGAGACUUCAGGUGAAAGUGGAGAAGUGGUGUUAGACUGUAAGUCUAAAGGCUGGUAUCCAGAGCCUGAGGUGUUGUGGCUGGACGGUGAGGGAAACCUCCUCUCUGCUGGACCUACAGAGACAGUCAGAGGUCCUGAUGACCUCUAUACUGUCAGCAGCAGAGUGACUGUGGAGAAGAGACACAGCAACAGCUUCACCUGUAGAGUCCAACAGAACAAAACCAACCAGACCAGAGAGAGAACCAUAUAUCUUCUAGAUGAAAUCACGGUUGCCACUGGAGUUCCUGCUCACUGGAUUGUUCUGACUGUGAUCACCAUUUUUAUUUUAUUGUUUUUAAUUUUUGCAUGUUUGAUGAAACGAAAGCAAUAACAAAGAAUUUACCUUCAUAUGAUCUCAGCAGAGCACAUAGGACAUCUGUGCUUGAGGUCCUCUGCUACUGUUGCUCUGCUUAAACCUCUAGAACCUUCUUUUAACCCACAUGGAGCUACAUACAGAAGAAUAUCAUGAUGGAAUUAAAAAGAAGAAGGAAAUCCAACAUAAGUUUUUGACAGAACCAAGGAGAGAAGUACCAUACCUUGACAGGAAGUGGACAUUUCAAAGCUCCCGCUCUCUCUGAUGCUUCGCUUCGCCUCCAAAUUAUUUCAAAGAAACAUCUCUGCCCCUAAAAUACUGCACCAUCAUUACUUUACUAUGGAGCCGUAGGAAAUGGACUUUCCCUGUCGCUGGAAUAAAACUUCAGAUUUUUGUUACCAGUGGAAAGUGUCCUACUCUCUUUGUUGUUACUGCCAACUUCAACUGACGUAUCUUUAUCUCUACACCACAACAGCUGCAGCUCUUUCUCUUCUUUUACCAAUGUGAUAAUUACAUUUUACUUACUUUGUCUUUCAUAAUGAUAACAUUAUACUGCAUUUGAUAAUGAUAUAAUGAACUUAUCUUUGUGUAAUUCUGUUGAAUUAAUCUUAUUUAUUAUAACUGUUAUUAUAACUGUACUAACUGUCUUUGUAUUCAUAUAUAAACCCAGAAACGUGUACAGUGAAUAAAAUGUUGUCAUUUACCCCGUUA